CUUUUGUCAUUUGAAAAAUAGUAAUUGUAUUUGGUGUCGUAAUAUCUUUUUAUUUUAUUUGAAAUCUGUGUUUAUUGUGACGUGUACUAAUUUAAAUUAAGUGCUUAUAAUAGAAAAUGAUCGCAACUACAUAUUCAGAAUUAAAACAAAAAAUAGCAUUUAGCCUAACUUUGUUUGUGAGCAACUUGUCUCAUGAUCAUGAACCACUGAAUAGUUUGAAAGAAUUUUAUAAAGAUCAAAUAAAUUCCCCUAGACGUUUUGAACAGAUAGACACAUUGGGAAAAUUGCUAAAAAUAUUGGAAAUAAGAGAUGUAUUGUCGGAAGACAAUAUAGAACCCUUGAAAGAAAUGGCUCGAAGAACAAAUAAUAGCAGUGAUCUACUGAGAACAAUAACCGAUUACGAAUUAAGAAAUAACCAACACGAUUAUCACCACUAUUAUCCUGAAAAUAUAACAUUAGAAAAGAAAAUGGGUCAUACUUUUAACAAUCGUAACACACUGGACAACAGCUUGACACAGAAAGAAUAUAGAAUAUAUGAAACCAUUAAAGAACAAAUUGGGUCAUACUGGUGUAUUCUUGGUAGAAAAUUACAAAUUAGAGAAUGCACUAUAGAUGAAAUUAAUAAAGCUAAUGAUGAUCUUUAUAUGAAGGCUUCAAAAAUAAUGGAUUUAUAUAAAGUAAAGGCAGAUAGACAAAAUUGGUUCAUUAUUCUUUGUCAUGCUCUAGACAACGCCAAGAGGGAAGACUUGACCAAAAAGAUACAGGAUAUAAUGAUGAUGAACAUAUAAUAAUAAUAUAAAAUAAUAAAUCUGACGAAAAAGCUGUGUUAAUACUUAUCAUAAUAAUCAAGUUAAAAGUAUUGAAAGUAUAAAGUUUUUAAGGAUACAUAAAAUAUACUCUAAAGCAAGCAACAACGAUUCUACCUAAUCAGACAGACAAUCCUAUAACACAAUUUUAAUUGCCAUAUGGAAAUUCCUAAUAUGUAUUAUAUUAAUUUUCAUAUGUAUUAACAAAUUGAAAUAAAGGACAGUGUAACCAAUAUCAGUUAAAUUUUCAAAGCAAUAAUGAUAAGGAAUAACUCUUACUGUAUGUGUGUCUCUUUCAAUAUUGUAUUGUUCACUCUGUGAAAACAUCCUCCCAGGAAGACAAAUAUAUAAAAUCUUGUUUACUUUACCUGUGAUAAUUGUUGAUGAAUUUAUAAUGAAUAAUGUAUUUCAUUACUAUUUUGUAAAAUAAAAUCAUUUGUAUUAACAAUAUAUCUUUAAUGUGAAAUCUCCAGUGAGACAGAUUCCUACUAUCAACAAUAAUCUUCAAUAACUGCUACCAUACUUUGUCAAUUGCUAUUUUUAUGUUGAUGCAGAAAAUUCUCAGGUAUCCCUAUAAGGGUUAUGAAUUGUCCAAUUUAGCAACCCUAUAACAUGCACAAUAUAAACAAGCACACAUUAUUGACUGAAUGUGAUUAGUACCUAUAAAAAUA